AAGGGGCAUCAUGGGAUAACCAUCGAGGUGAGUAGGGACCUAAAGGAUCGAAUAGAACGAUAUAUAGACAAGUAAAUCCCUUACGAGUCCCAAAGUAUUCUUUUAAGGGGAUUCAUCAUUUGACGGGAAGUAGACUACUCAAAAAUCCUACAUUUUUAUUUUGUCAUAAGUAAUUCGGAAAAUGAAAGUAAAAAAAGAAGAAUGAAUCGUUGGUCCUUAGUGGGAACUUGAGUAAGGAGUAGUUCUUUGUUUGUAGGGUUUUUCGAACAAACUUUUUAAAUAAGAAAGAAUCCCCUUUUUGAGGUAACUACUUGAGCCGGAUGAAAGGAAACCUUCACGUCCGAUUUUAAAAGGGGGAAUCCAAUCCUACAGGAACCUAUCUCGAUUUUUCUUUUGCUAGGCCCAUAGCGAAAAAACCUACUUUCUUACGAUUACGAGGUUUAUUCGAAUAUGAAAUCCAAUCUCGGAAAUACAGCAUACCACUUUUUUUUACUACCCAAGGCUUCGAGACAUUUCGAAAUCGAGAAAUCUCUACAGGAGCAGGUGCUAUCAGAGAACAAUUAGCCGAUUCAGAUUUGCGAAUUAUUACGGGUAAUUCAUUAGUAGAAUGGAAGGAAUUAGGGGAGGAGGGGUCCACUGGAAAUGAAUGGGAAGAUAGAAAAAUUAGAAGAAGAAAGGAUUUUUUGGUUAGACGCAUGGAAUUAGCUAAACAUUUUAUUCGAACAAAUGUAGAACCAGAAUGGAUGGUUUUGUGCUUAUUACCAGUUCUUCCUCCCGAGUUGAGACCAAUCAUUCAGAUAGAUGGGGGUAAACUAAUGAGUUCGGAUAUUAAUGAACUCUAUAGACGAGUUAUCUAUCGGAAUAAUACUCUUACCGAUCUAUUAGCAACAAGUAGAUCUACGCCAGGGGAAUUAGUAAUGUGUCAGGAGAAAUUGGUACAAGAGGCCGUGGAUACACUUCUUGAUAAUGGGAUCCGUGGACAACCAAUGAGGGAUGGUCAUAAUAAAGUUUACAAGUCAUUUUCAGAUGUAAUUGAAGGCAAAGAGGGAAGAUUUCGUGAGACUCUGCUUGGUAAACGUGUCGAUUAUUCGGGACGUUCCGUCAUUGUCGUGGGUCCUUCGCUUUCAUUACAUCAGUGUGGAUUACCUCGAGAAAUAGCAAUAGAGCUUUUCCAAACAUUUGUAAUUCGUGGUCUAAUCAGACAACAUGUUGCUUCUAACAUAGGAAUUGCUAAAAGUAAAAUUCGGGAAAAAGAACCCAUUGUAUGGGAAAUACUUCAAGAAGUUAUGCGGGGGCAUCCUGUAUUAUUGAAUAGAGCACCCACCCUGCACAGAUUAGGCAUACAGGCGUUCCAACCCUUUUUAGUGGAGGGACGCGCUAUUUGUUUACAUCCAUUAGUUUGUAAGGGUUUCAAUGCAGACUUUGAUGGGGAUCAAAUGGCUGUUCAUGUACCUUUAUCUUUGGAAGCUCAAGCGGAGGCUCGUUUACUUAUGUUUUCUCAUAUGAAUCUCUUGUCUCCAGCUAUUGGGGAUCCUAUUUCCGUACCAACUCAAGAUAUGCUUAUCGGACUCUAUUUAUUAACGAUCGGGAAUCGUCGAGGUAUUUGUGCAAAUAGGUAUAAUCCAUAUAGAUAUAGUUGCGGAAACUACCAAAAUAAAAAGGUUGACAAUAAAAAAAAUGACUAUAGGUAUACGGAAAAGAAAGAACCCUAUUUUUCUAGUUCCUAUGAUGCACUUGGAGCUUAUCAACAGAAACGAAUUAGUUUAGAUAGUCCUUUGUGGCUCCGAUGGAGACUAGAUCAACGUGUCAUUGGCUCAAGAGAAGUUCCCAUCGAAGUUCAAUAUGAAUCUUUGGGUACUUAUCAUGAGAUUUAUGGGCACUAUCUAAUAGAAGGAAGUGUAACAAAGGAAAUCCGUUGUAUAUACAUUCGAACUACUCUUGGUCAUAUUUCUUUUUAUCGGGAAAUAGAAGAAGCCAUACAGGGGUUUUGUCGAGCCUACUCAUACGCUAUCUAAACUAAGAAAUCAGAUUAGGCGAUGUUCGUGCCCAUGGGAAUUCGGGUCUCCCCAAUUUCACUGGUAUCAUAAUUUCUGAAUUUCUGCGUGAAUCAAGAUUGAGAUUGAGGAAAGGAAGUUUUCGAAUCACUAACUCAGGUCCAUUGUCGAAUCCUACUUAGCAGAAUAAAUAUAAGAGGUACUGUACUUAUGGCAGAACGGGCCGAUCUGGUCUUUCACAAUAAAGUGAUAAAUGGAACUGUUAUGAAACGACUUAUUAGCAGGUUAAUAGAUCAUUUCGGAAUGGCAUAUACAUCACAUAUCUUGGAUCAAGUAAAGACUUUGGGUUUCCAACAAGCCACUGCUACAUCUAUUUCAUUAGGAAUUGAUGAUCUUUUAACAAUCCCUUCUAAGGGAUGGUUAGUCCAAGACGCUGAACAACAAAGUUUUAUUUUGGAUAAACACCAUCAUUAUGGGAAUGUACACGCGGUAGAAAAAUUACGUCAAUCCAUUGAGAUAUGGUAUGCUACAAGUGAAUAUUUGAGACAAGAAAUGAAUCCUAAUUUUCGGAUGACUGAUCCUUCUAAUCCAGUAUAUCUAAUGUCCUUUUCGGGAGCUAGGGGAAAUGCAUCUCAGAUACACCAAUUAGUAGGUAUGAGAGGAUUAAUGUCGGAUCCCCAAGGACAAAUGAUUGAUUUACCCAUUCAAAGCAAUUUACGUGAAGGACUUUCUUUGACAGAAUAUAUAAUUUCCUGUUAUGGAGCCCGCAAAGGAGUUGUAGAUACUGCUGUACGAACAUCAGAUGCUGGAUACCUCACACGUAGACUUGUUGAAGUAGUUCAACAUAUUAUUGUACGUAGAACAGAUUGUGGCACUAUCCGAGGUAUUUCCGUGAGUCCUCGAAAUGGGAUGACGGAAAAAAUUUUUGUCCAAACACUAAUUGGUCGUGUAUUAGCGGACGAUAUAUAUAUCGGUCUACGAUGCCUUGCCACUCGAAAUCAAGAUAUUGGGAUUGGACUUGUCAAUCGAUUCAUAACCUUUCGAGCACAACCAAUAUAUAUUCGAACCCCCUUUACUUGCAGGAGUACAUCUUGGAUCUGCCAAUUAUGUUAUGGUCGGAGUCCUACUCAUGGCGACCUGGUCGAAUUGGGAGAAGCUGUAGGUAUUAUUGCGGGUCAAUCAAUUGGGGAACCAGGAACUCAACUAACAUUAAGAACUUUUCAUACCGGUGGAGUAUUCACAGGCGGUACUGCCGAGCAUGUACGAGCUCCUUCUAAUGGAAAAAUAAAAUUCAAUGAGGAUUUGGUUCAUCCCACACGUACCCGUCAUGGGCAUCCUGCUUUUCUAUGUUCUAUAGACUUGUAUGUAACUAUUGAGAGUCGGGAUAUUCUACAUAAUGUAAAUAUUCCACCAAAAAGUUUUAUUUUAGUUCAAAAUAAUCAAUAUGUAGAAUCAGAACAAGUGAUUGCUGAGAUUCGUGCUGGAACGUCCACUUUUCAUUUUAAAGAGAAGGUACGAAAACAUAUUUAUUCUGAAUCAGAGGGAGAAAUGCACUGGAGUACCGAUGUCCACCAUGCACCUGAAUAUACAUAUGGUAAUGUUCAUCUAUUAUCAAAAACGAGUCAUUUAUGGAUAUUAGCGGGAGGUCCGUGCAGAUCCAGUAUAGUGUCUUUUUCGCUCCACAAGGAUCAAGAUCAAAUGAAUGUUUAUUCUUUUUCUGUCGAAGAAAGAUAUAUCUCUGACCUAUCAAUGACUAAUGGUCGAAUAAGACAUAAAUUGUUGGAUACUUCUGGUAAAAAAGAUAAGAAAAUUAUUGACUAUUCAAUAAGACCUGAUCAAACGAUGUCUAAUGGUCAUUUGAAUUUCAUAUAUCCUUCUAUUAUCCAAGGGAAUUCUUAUUUCUUGGCGAAAAAGCGAAGAAAUAGAUUCAUCAUCCCAUUACAAUACAAUCAAGAACGAGAGAAAGAACUAAUACCCUGUUUUGGUAUUUCGAUCGAAAUACCAAAACAGGGUAUUUUACGUAGAAAUAGUAUUCUUGCUUAUUUUGAUGAUCCACGAUACAGAAGAAGCAAUUCAGGAAUUACUAAAUAUGGAACCGUAGAGGUCAAUUCAAUCAUAAAAAAAGAGGAUUUGAUUGAGUAUCGAGGACCAAAAGAAUUUAGUCCGAAAUACCAAACGAAAGUAGAUCGGUUUUUUUUUCAUUCUCGAAGAAGUGCAUAUCUUACCCGGAUCUUCGUUGAUAAUGGUCCGGAACAAUAGUAUCAUUGGAGUAGAUACACAACUCGCUUUAAAUACAAGAAGUCGAGUAGGCGGAUUAGUCCGAGUGGAGAGAAAAAAAAAAAAUAUUGAACUAAAAAUAUUUUCCGGAGAUAUUUAUUUUCCUGGAGAGGCAGAUAAGAUAUCCAGGCACAGCGGCAUUUUGAUACCACCGGAAACAGAAAAAAAAAUUUCUAAGGAAUCAAAAAAAUGGAAAAAUUGGAUCUAUGUCCAACGGAUCACACCUACCAAGAAAAAGUAUUUUGUUUUGGUUCGACCCGUAGUCACAUAUGAAAUAGCUGAUGGCAUAAAUUUAGCAACACUUUUUCCUCAAGAUCUCCUGCGGGAAAAGGAUAAUGUCCAACUUAGAGUUGUCAAUUAUAUCCUUCAUGGAAAUGGCAAGUCAAUUCGAGGAAUUUCUCACACAAGUAUUCAAUUAGUUCGGACUUGCUUAGUAUUGAAUUGGGAUCAAGAGCAAAAAGGUUCUCCGGAAGAGGUUCACGCUUCCUUUGUUGAGGUAAGAACAAAUGAUCUGAUUCGAGAUUUCAUAAGAAUUGAGUUAGUCAAGUCCACUAUUUCGUAUACCGGAAAAAGAUAUGAUAGGGCAAGUUCCGGAUUGAUUUCCGAUAAUGGAUUAGAUCGCACAAAUAUCAAUCCUUUUUUUUACAAGGCCAGGAUUCAAUCACUUACCCAACAUCAAGGUACUAUUGGUACAUUGUUAAAUCGAAAUAAGGAAUGCCAAUCUUUGAUAAUUUUGUCAUCAUCCAAUUGUUUUCGAAUUGGCCCAUUCAAUGGUUCAAAAUAUAACAAUAUGACAAAAGAAUCGGAUCCCAUAAUCCCAAUUAAGGAUUUGCUGGGUCCCUUAGGCACUAUUGUACCUAAAAUAGCAAAUUUCUAUUCAUCUUACCAUUUAAUAACUUAUAAUCAGAUCUUGUUAAAGAAAUAUUUGCUACUUGACAAUUUUCAACAGACUUUCCAAGUACUUCAAGUACUUAAAUACUGUUUAAUAGAUGAAAAUAGGAGGAUUUAUAACCCCGAUCCAUGCAGUAACAUCAUUUUGAAUCCAUUCCAUUUGAAUUGGCACUUUCUCCAUCACGAUUAUUGGGAAGAGACAUCUAAAAAAAUUCGUCUUGGACAAUUUUUUUGUGGAAAAUGUAUGUCUAUUCAAAUACGAACCACACGUAGAAAAAUCUGGUCAGAUCAUAAUUGUUCAUGUUGACUCCUUAGUUAUAAGAUCGGCUAAGCCCUAUUUGGCCACUCCAGGAGCUACUGUUCAUGGCCAUUAUGGAGAAAUCUUUUACGAAGGAGAUACAUUAGUUACAUUUAUAUAUGAAAAAUCGAGAUCUGGUGACAUAACGCAAGGUCUUCCAAAAGUGGAACAAAUCUUAGAAGUACGUUCUAUUGAUUCAAUAUCGAUGAACCUCGAAAGGAGAGUUGAAGGUUGGAACGAAGGUAUACCAAAAAUUCUUGGAAUCCCCUGGGGAUUCUUGAUUCAAGCGGAGCUAACCAUAGUUCAAAGUCGUAUCUCUUUGGUUAAUAAAAUCCAAAAGGUUUAUCGAUCCCAGGGGGUACAGAUCCAUAAUAGACAUAUAGAGAUUAUUGUACGUCAAGUAACAUCAAAAGUGUUGGUUUCAGAAGAUGGAAUGUCUAAUGUUUUUUCACCUGGGGAAUUAAUCGGAUUGUUGCGAGCGGAACGAGCGGGGCGCGCUUUGGACGAAGCGAUCUCUUAUCGGGCAAUCCUAUUGGGAAUAACGAGGGCAUCUUUGAAUACUCAAAGUUUCAUAUCCGAAGCAAGUUUUCAAGAAACCGCUCGAGUUUUAGCAAAAGCUGCUCUACGAGGUCGUAUUGAUUGGUUGAAAGGCCUGAAAGAGAACGUUGUUCUGGGUGGGAUUAUACCCGUUGGUACCGGAUUCAAAAAAUUAGUGCACCGUUCAAGGCAAGACAAGAACAUUUAUUUGGAAAUCAAAAGAAAGAAUCUAUUCGAUUUGGAAAUGAGAGAUAUUUUGUUACACCAUAGAGAAUUAUUUUGUUCUUACGUCCCAUUUCCAUGAGACAUCAGAACAAUCGUUUACGCGAUUUCAUGAUUCCUAAGAGCAGAUUCUUUUACUUUAACUAUCUUUUCACUUUUAACUAUCUGUCUUUUAACUUAACUAUCUGGUCCGAGUAUUGAUUUGGUAAAAAAAAAAUAAGUAAUUAAAAGACAUUAAUGGUUUGUACCGUGUAUCAACGGUUAAUUCCCGGUAGAAGGUUCCAUCGGAACAAUUAUUUAUUUCAAAGUACCUCGUCUCUUUGUUAAAAAAAUAAAAAAGAAAAAACAAAAAGGAAG